CACACACACACACACACACACACAGAGCUGGUGAAGACUCUCUGGGCGUCAGCGGAGUGAACGAGGCUUCACACAGUGAAAGAGUCGGGGCUCGACUGUGUGUGCCACAGUUCACGGAUAAACCAUGGCCUCGUCAGGCGACACGACACUGACAGCAGGAAACAGGUGCGGGUCUAUGGAUCUUCCACCACCGAGAUUGUCUAUGAGACUGGUGCUGGUGGGAAUCACUGGAGCAGGUAAAAGCUCCUCCGGAAACACCAUCCUGGGCAGACAAGCCUUCAGAGUCCUCACAAGCCCUUCAUCUGUGACUAAAGAGUGCUCGAAAGAGACAGAGGAUGUGGCUGGAAGAGAGAUCACAGUAGUAGAUACACCAGGCAUGUUUGACACUGAUAUUUCAGAGGAGCAGCUCCUGAUACAGAAGAUCAGUAAGUGUAUAAACAUGACAGCACCUGGACCUCACGCCAUCAUCCUGGUCAUUAAAGUGGAUACGUUCACCGAGGAAGAGAAACACUCGGUGGAGAAGAUCAGAGCCAUAUUUGGAGAAGAAGCAGAUAAACACACCAUCGUCCUCUUCACUCACGGAGAUGAACUGACCGGCUCUAUUGAAGAGUUCAUGGAAGCCAACGAGGCUCUGCAGGAAAUCUUGAGUCGCUGUGGGGGAAGACAUCAUGUGUUCAACAAUAAAGACAUGGAGGAUCGUAAUCAGGUGGUGGAGUUCCUGCAGAAAGUAGAUGCUAUAGUCACUGCUAAUGGAGGAGAACAUUACACCAGUGACUCUUACCAGGACGUGGAGCUCAUGCUGAAAACUAAACCAGAGGAACUGAAGAAGGAGUAUGAGAAGAAACUACAAGACAUUCAGAGAGACCUGGAGGCCAGAUUUACUGAAGAGAUGAAGAAACUACAGGAGAGAAUAGAGACACUGACAGUGUCGGAGCAAGAGAAAGAAGAGAAGAUCAAAGAGCUGGAACAACUGAACAAGUGUAAAAUGAGAGAGUACAAGCGUUAUUAUAAAACCAAGCUCAGAGAGGCCAGACAGGAGGCAGAACAGACCUGUACUCAUCCAAAUAUAAUACACAAGAUCUUCCAGAAGAUUCUCAAAAUCAAACCUUAAUCACAUUCUGGUAAUAUGUAUGAAGGGGAGGGGGACGAUGUUUUAGGUUGGGGGUGCUGUUCUCGCAGGUGGGGCAGUUUUUUAGUGAUAUGUUAUUUACACUGUAAACAAAUAGCUCAGUUCUAUUUAUAUGUAGCUUGACGUUUGAGUUUUUGGUGGGGGGGUGUACUUAGCCAGUCGAUUUGGUCAGUCAAACUUUUAAGUCCAUUUGAUAAUUUCUGUACUGAACAUGUAAAGUCACAAUCCAUGUACCAUUAUUACAAGUUUACUUUGAGCAGCAGUAGCAGUCAACCAGACACAUCGCACAUGAAUUACCUGUAAAGGCUGCGCUGUCUAUUUCUGCUGCACUAGCAAUAAACACAUGGAAAAAAUACACCAUAAACAUGUCAAUCACAAAGUUUAAGCAAAUCAACGAGUGAAUUACCCACUGCUUUAAAGCAUAUCUUUUGGACAUUAUUCAAGUUAAACGCACAGGCACACAAACACAUUUAAUAGCAUUAAAUCUUAAUGAAAAGGGUCGAUUUAGCAGUUUAUAUUCUGAAACAUAUUUCUAGGUUGUGUUCUGCGUGCAUUAAAUUACAUUUGGAUGUAAAUGGUCCUUUUCCUGUCAUAAAACACUGAGCGGCUAAGGGAGCGUCUAAUGGAUCAUCUUUAUGAGGCUGUGGGGGUCUGGAGGGCAUCUAGCUUCAUCUGUCUUUAUUAGCUUCAGAUUCCUCUGCAGUUGUUGUAUGUUGUAAAAAAAAAA